AUGCCCUAUUCCGUCUUUUCCCCGUUCUCGCUCGGACUGAACAGGACUUAUACACUUAUGGAAGUUCUCGACAUCUCUGGUGUCGAACAGUCACUGCCGCAGUGUCCGAACAAAGUCAUCCCGCAGGCCCACCAGAAGCGCAGUCCUUCGCCGAGCGAAAAUACGCCUUCGAAUCUUAGCCCGACUCCUGCACCCACGGGGCAGUCGACAUCUUCCACUACGGUGCACAUUAACAGUGAGGGUGACUUUGCCCUGUUACUGCCCGCCACCCCAGGAGAGCUUAUUUCCAGUGCCGAGAGUGAUGGGGUCUCAUUCUGCACCAGCGAUAGCUCCGACCCCACAUGUUCGAGACGAAUGGAAAGCGGGUUCAUCACGGCUGCAGCGAUCACCCGUGCCGACGACGGCUCCUGGAUCCAAGUAACGGGAUGCAUCGACACGAGCAAGUCCUCUCUCAGCGCUUCGGACGACGGUGGUCAGUUCGACGUGCGCUUCCCCAAUGGUGCACAAUGCACCUACGGUGGAUACGGCGCAAGCUUCAUUGAGCAGGUCGAGCCGUCCUCGAACCGCUUCUGCCUUCGCUGCUGCAAGUCGGCCAACGACCAGGAGAACUGCAACUCGCACCAAGAUACCGCGGGCUGCGUCACAGCAAUUCCCGGCACAUACGAUUUCCCUAACCUCGGAAUCAGCUGCUCCUGA